UCGUUUCACGUUUUUCUCGUUCAGCGUUUGCUUUGCUUUGCCUUUGCUUUCAGUGUUUAGCGAAGAGAGAAGUCGUUAUCAGUUUUGAACUGAAGAGAGAGAAAAAGUGCCAAAACUGUGCAAAAACUGUGUUUCCAAUACAGAAGACAAUCUGUUGUCCAGAUGUAAACAUUGUCCACAUUUUCCUAUUGUUUCGUCCGCUUUGGCCAUCGAUUGUCGCAAUCGUUCACUAAUUUAUUCAUUAAACUAUCGUUUCGUUCAAUUGUCUGAACCACUCAUCAGUCGAUAGAGUAAUUAAUACGUGAUUUAAAUCACAGUUUUGUGUUGUUUCUGGCGUUGCGCUCGUGUUUUGAUCAAGUUUUAUGAACUCCUAUUCAGUUAUACUACUUUACAAAUUAUAAUACAUUAUAAAGUUAUGUAUUUGUAAUCCACACCCAAUUGAGUCCCAAAUCGCAAACAAAUUGAUACUUUCGGUGCAAUUAAUUCAAUGUGUGAACUGCUCUACAAUGCUAUCAAUUAAAACCACUGCCAAAAAAACAAAUGUGCGCUAAAUAUGUAUAAUGUUUGUUGAUUUGGAUGUUUGAAUGCAAAAGAGUUGUUUUUUGAGAGCAAAACAACAAAUCACAACAAAUUGAAGUCAUCUCAUAAUUGGGAUACAAAUUGGAUCAAACAAUAUGUCAAUCAAAUCCAUCCAUCAUUUACUUCAUCGCUAUUUAUUGAUAAUUAUAUGCAUUUCCACCGCAUUUGCAUCCAAUGCUAACUUUUUGGAGCGAUAUUCACAGUCUGGUGUCCAAUACUAUCAACAGUUGAUGUUUGAUGUGAACAACUAUCAGCUAAUAGUAGGCGCCCGAGACUAUUUGGUUCGCGUGGGUUUAGACAACUUCGAGUCGUCGCGACCCGAAGCCCAUUACAUACCGGCCGACACCGAGAAGCAGAAGCUAUGCGAACGGAAAGGCAUGAAACGAUGGCAGUGUCACAACUAUAUCACAGUCCUGUUGCCGAUCGCCGCCACCAAACAGGUGCUCGUCUGCGGAACCAACGCUUUUUCGCCCGAAUGCGAAGUCCGACAACUCUUGAGUUUGUCGACCGUUAUUAAGCGCGAGUCCGGCGUUAGUAAGACUGCGUUCAGUCCGCUCUGGAAUACCACCGCUCUGUUGACCCAAUCGGGUGACUACUACUACGCGGGACCGCUUGACUUCAGGGGUAUCGACGCCGCCAUCACUAAACAUCCGAGUAAUCCACUGUCGCCGACCCAGUCGUCCGCUUUGUUGGCCACGAGUGCGCCGAACAAGAAAUCCAUUUUACGGACACUUCAGUCGGACUCGAAGUGGAUUAACGCCGACGCGAACUUCGUCUACAACUUCGAGUACGAGAGUCACAUCUACUUCUUGUUCCGGGAAUCGGCCGUCGAAUACAUCAAUUGUGGCAAAAAGAUCUACUCACGAAUCGGUCGCGUUUGCAAGAAUGACAUCGGAGGACAACUUUACUAUAGGGAGAACUGGACGUCGUUUAUAAAAUCACGGCUCAACUGUUCGAUACCCGGAUUAUUCCCCUUCUAUUUCGAUGAGAUUGAAUCCGUCGAUUGGGUGGACACCGGUGAUGUGCCCACACUUUACGCCACUUUCAAUACUCCUGAGAAUUCAAUCCAUGGCUCAGCCAUCUGUGCCUUUAGUAUCCAUUCCGUGUUGUCUUCAUUUCACGGAUCUUUUAAACAACAGAAGAAUACUGACUCCAAUUGGGAGAGCUCUCAGGCAAAUAAAGACAUCUUCGAGUGCAUGACAUCCAACAAGAAUACAUCGGAAUUACAUCAAAGCCAACGACUGAACAGUCAGUUCCAGUUAAUGGAUUCGGCGGUUAAGUCAGUCAACAGUAGGCCAUAUGUUGUGGAGACCGACAAACGGUUUCAAUUCAUUGCUGUCGAUGUCAUUCAGACUAAACAUCACAGUUCUGUGGAAGUGAUUUUUGUGACCACAACCGAAGGCCUUCUCAUGAAGUAUGUCCGCUGGCCUUUCGCCACCAAAUCGUGUCUUAUUGACCAAAUUCGGGUCAUUUCCAACACAAGCGACGACUCGAUUCUGUCGAUGAAGCUCUUGAGAGACACCCAAUCGCUAUAUUUGGGUACAAAACGAGAAAUUAUUCGCAUCUCUGUUGAGCGCUGCCACACAUUCCCCGAUCGCUCGCAAUGUCUUUUAAGUGGCGAUCCGUACUGUGGAUGGGAUCAGUUGAAGAUGGCGUGCACUACAGCGCCCGGACGUAACCCCAAAGCCGAGGAAUGGAUUCAAUCGGAUUCCACGCAAUGUUACGAAUCAAAAGCCAAUCAAUGGAGCGAUUGGUUUGAAUGCAAUCAAAUGAAUAAAAGUUUGGGCGACCUAUGCUUGUGUCGGAUGCGGUCGUGCUCUCAGUCCACUUAUUCCAGCAAUUAUUGUAUGAAUGGUCGAGAAAUACAGAUCACUAAUUGCACUCAAAACGGCGGAUGGACUGAUUGGUCGCAGUGGUCUACCUGUAGCGCCACGUGUGGAUCAGCUAAUAAAUAUCGAUACCGAAAGUGUGCCUCUCCUGCGCCGGCCUUUGGGGGACGCAAUUGUCGAGGACUUGAACGAGAGUCGAUUCCUUGCGUGAGUCAACCGCCCUGUGCUAACUCGACCUCAAUUCAAGAGCCAAUCAAACCGGCGAACCAAUGGUCAAACUGGUCUGAAUGGGAGAUCUGUUCGGCCAAAUGCGGCGGUGGAGUGCAGUUAAGGCGGCGAAGGUGUGAGUCGACCAGCAAAGCCUGCAUCGGAUGCGAUGUCGAGUGGCGUCUAUGCAAUCGACACGAUUGCGGAGACUUUAAACAACAGUCCGAAUGGACGGAUUGGCUCAUCAGGAAUAUUACCGGCGAUGGCGUUAAUGAACAGAGAUUUCGAUUUGGAUGCCGUUCCGAAGGCUUUUCUGCUCACAUUUCGACGCGAACUGAGGAGCGAUUUGUUGCGUCAAAUAACGUGUGGUCCCAGUGUUCGGACGGCGCCUGCAAUGGCUUUCAAUUCAAAUGGACUGGCGUUCACUUUAUUAGUCGGGAAUGUUCUUCGCCUCACUGUCAGGGAUGGUCUCAAUGGUCACAAUGGACUCAAUGCGUUUACGGCAAACAACACCGCUCUCGCGAAUGUCUCGGUGCGGACCGAUGUUUGGGACCAUUCAAAGAGAUGCGUUACUGUAAUCAAAACAACCAAUACUUAGGCAACGAUGACAUCAAUUCAAUCGAUGUUAUCAAUGAGAAGCCGGUCUACAGAAUGUCCACCUCUGCAAAAGAGGACGAUUCCGGCGCUGAGAACUAUAGUCUCCAGAAAGUGCUGUUGUGUUCACUGCUAUCGUUCGGUUGCGGAGCGAUUAUCAGCGGAUUAUUUAUAUAUUUAUUGUUAACUAAAAACGAAAGAAUCCGUGAUAUGAGACAUAAGAGGCUCAGUUUGAGGCUAUUUUCGCAGCUGAAGACCACGUCCAACGCCUACGAGUCUCCCCACGAAUACAAGUCAAACCAAUCGGUGUUAUCGCCGCUCAAUAGUAUUAGUCCUGUAAGAGAGGCCACAAUCAAAAGGAGUUCAACAAUAAGAGCACAAUUGCAUUCCGACCAAAACUUUUGAUACCCCCUAAUGACUGUCAUAUAGUGUUACUUAACUAAUAAUUCGUGCCGUUAUUUAAGACAUUUAAUGGACUCUAAAGACAUUUGAUCUCAACUCAAAACCUAAACCAAACGCAUACUUAUCUCUAAUGACAGCUAUUUAUUUGACUGUUGAGAGCAUGAACUCCAAGUCCAUACAAAGAGAAGCCAACUAUUCGUUUACUCAUUAAGUCCUAUAAUUAAAGACAUAUGUGUUGUUUGUGUGGUGUUGAGGACGACAAUGAAUGAGACGAUUGUUUGCUUAAUAUCUCAGAACAAAGAACUUAAGACAAAAAGUACAUAAUUUAGACGAACAAAAGAGCUCAAAAACUUGUCAUUAAAUAUAUUAAACAUAUUCAAAGUCUCUGUAAAUAUCAUAUUUUGUGCCAU